CGUCGGCAUAGCAGAGGAGCGAGCCGUAGCUGAAUAUCAGCCUUCUCUCUGUAGCCUGUUAAGAGAGACAACGCACCUUUCUGGUGGAAAAGAUGCAGCCAGCCCCCCCAGAUGUCACGACCAGCCCCAAGGGACCCAUGUGUCGGUGCCACAAGCUCAUCGAAGCGGGUUUUCAGCCGCAGGUUCAAAACAUCCAAAGUUGAAGCCAGAAAAGGUGGUGAAGGAGAUCUUUCCCAUGCUUCACAUCAGACCUGCAGAAACUCCAGAAACUCUCCAACAUCUCUGCAGCUUCACAGACCUGUGCUGAAGAGGAAACACGUGACCAAACAGGAUGCAGCGCAUCAGGGAGGGAAUUCACAUCCGGACCAUGAAGGCCAAGAGGAAAGUAGAGGAGAUUUCAAAAGAGGACAUCCAGGCCUUCCUGAAGAAGAACGCUUUUGUGCUCUUCACUGUCGGAGCCGUAGUUGUAGGCGUUAUUCUGGGAUUUGCACUGCGUCCGUAUAAGAUGAGCUACCGUGAAGUGAAGUACUUCUCAUUUCCUGGAGAGGUGCUGAUGAGAAUGUUGCAGAUGCUGGUUCUGCCUCUACUGGUCUCCAGUCUGAUCACAGGGAUGGCAGCAUUGGACAGCAAAGCCUCAGGAAAGAUGGGCGUGAGAGCUGUGAUUUACUACAUGACCACCACCAUAAUUGCAGUCUUCAUUGGGAUAAUCAUCGUCCUCAUCAUCCACCCAGGAAAAGGGUCCAAGGAUGAGUUUGGAAAGCAGCAGACCAUUGAACAAGUCAGCCCAGCUGAUGCCUUCUUAGAUCUGAUCAGGAACAUGUUCCCACCAAACCUGGUCCAAGCCUGCACGCAGCAGUUUAAAACCAAAUAUGGGAAGCGGACGGUCCGCCUGACGAUUACGGUGAAUGACACUCUCUCCAACUCAACCAAUGGCACCCAGGAGGCGAUGGAGAUCACCCGGGAGGAGGUGAUCCCAGUGCCGGGUCAGGUGAACGGGCUGAAUGCCCUUGGGUUGGUUGUGUUUUCCAUGUGCUUCGGUCUAAUCAUCGGGAACAUGAAGGAGCAGGGUCAGCUCCUCAGGGAGUUCUUCGACAGCCUCAACGAAGCUAUCAUGCGUCUGGUCGCCAUCAUCAUGUGGUACGCUCCUGUAGGGAUCCUGUUCCUCAUUGCGGGAAAGAUUGUGGAGAUGGAUGAUCUGACCCAGAUGGGGGGGCAGCUGGGCAUGUACACCAUCACGGUCAUCAUUGGCUUGCUGAUCCACGCUGUUCUCAUCCUGCCCACGCUGUAUUUUGUCAUCACUCGACAGAACCCCUUCAUCUUCAUUGCUGGACUCCUGCAGGCUCUGGUUACGGCCCUGGGUACCUCCUCCAGCUCUGCAACGCUUCCCGUCACCUUUAAAUGUCUGGAGGAGAACAACAGGAUCGAUAAACGGAUCACACGCUUUGUGCUGCCGGUGGGCGCUACCAUCAACAUGGAUGGGACGGCUCUGUACGAGGCGCUGGCGGCCAUCUUUAUUGCCCAGGUCAACAACAUGGAGAUGAACUUUGGUCAGAUCAUCACCAUCAGCAUUACAGCCACGGCAGCCAGCAUCGGUGCUGCAGGCAUCCCUCAGGCAGGCCUGGUUACCAUGGUGAUCGUACUCACCUCCGUUGGACUUCCUACUGAUGACAUCACUCUCAUCAUAGCUGUUGAUUGGUUCCUGGACCGUCUUCGUACCACCACCAACGUGUUGGGAGACUCGAUCGGAGCCGGGAUUGUGGAGUUCCUUUCCCGACACGAGCUCCACAGCAGAGAUGUGGAGAUGGGGAACUCUGUGCUGGAGGAGAAGGAGAGGAAGAAACCCUACAAGCUCAUCUCUCAGGACAGCGAUCUUGAAAAUGACAAAGGCACUCACAGGGAAUCCAACAUGUAGCUCAUCAGGAGCAGAACCAGGUUCUGUCUGUGGAACCGAAGGUCACGCGAAACACUCCUGUCCUGUGGUUUCAGAGGUGGUGUGUUUAGUGUCAUCUGUUCUGGUUUUCACUCGUUCACCAGCUGAGGGUGAAAAACAGAGAAUUAAAAUCUGAAAGUUUGUGAGAAGAACGUUAGUUAGCGGUGUGUGUGAAGACUAGUGUAGAUGUUUCCUCUGGAGCCAAACAGGUUUAAUCAGUAAAUAAACAAACCUUUAAGAGGUUCCACUGUCCGACUGGAUCAUUAAAAUAAAUAAAAGUAAAACAAUUUGA